GCACUUUACUCUCUUCAAAUUCGAUACUCAUUGUCCUAAAAAAAAGAGGCUUUGUUUCUAUUUCAUUUCUUUUUUUUAAUCUUUGGCCUAUCCUACAGUAACAUUGUCUUCUGCUAAACUUAAAAAGAGUGAUUGUUGUCUCUCUUCUUCUUCUUGGUUUUUGUCUUGUCUUGUUACUUCCUUUAUUUCUUCUCCCAUAUAAUGCAACAUGCAAUUACCAUAAGGCAUAUUAUAUAAUAUCUCAUCAAACAUUUUACCAUAAAAGAACCAAUAUUAGAGAUGCCCAAUAAUCCAGCAGUUCAAGAUUUGAUGAGUGGUCAUUAUAAAGUUGUUAUCUUUUUAAUUUAUUUGGUUCAUUUACUGAUCAUAAAUUGAAGUAGCAACAAGAAGCUAAAGGCUUUCAAGAUUUUGAUUUUUUUUUUAAAGGAAGAGUGAUGCAAUGAGGGAUGAGUAUUCCAAGAAAAGCAAGUUGUCUUGGUCCAGAAAAUUGGUUCGGAAAUGGUUCAAUUUAAAGGGCAAAACUGUUGAAUUCCAAUCUGAUGAAUCUGUUGUCUAUGGAGGAAGUUAUGAGUGGAGAACAAGCAUAUCAGAAUGGGAACAUUGCACUAUCAAGAAGAGCAAAAAAGAAAAAUCAACCAGGGGUAUGGAGCAUCUUCCACGAGGGAGUGUUAAUCUUGAUCACCCUAAGAUUAUAAAUGUACAAAAUUAUAGAGUCUUUGUAUCUACAUGGAAUGUGGGCGGAGAAUCACCAAUGAUCAAUUUGAAUCUAGAUGAAUGGCUUCAUUCCUCACCCCCUGCAGAUAUUUAUGUGCUCGGAUUUCAGGAAAUAGUUCCUUUAAAUGCUGGUAAUAUUCUGGGAGCUGAAGACAGUGGCCCUGCCAAAAAGUGGAUUGGUUUGAUCGAGGAGACAUUAAACAGCGGUCCUGGUACUAGAGGAGGUAAUGGUUGCUACACUUCUUCUCCUGUUCCAAAUCAAAUUGCAGAGUGGAAUGCUGAUUUUGAGGGGUCAAGUAGAUACAAGGCUUCGUCCUUCUCUCAUCGUCGGUCACUCCAGACACCUCAGUGCGGGGGUAUGGAAAAUGAUCCUUCAAUCUUGCAAUCUCGUGUGGAUGGACGAUACAGUGUUUGUGAUCGAGUAAUUUUUGGACAUAGGUCUAGUGAUUUUGAUCCUAAUAGGGAGCAGAGGCCAAGUGACUAUUCCUAUGCUCACAGGCCAAGUGAUUUUUCAUCUUCUCACAGACGAAGUGACUAUACCUCUUUUCACAGGCCAAGUGAUUAUUCAUCUGGUCAUAGGCUAAGUGACUAUUCCGGUGGACAAAGGCCAAGUGAUGUCUCCAGAUGGGGCUCAUCAGAUGAUGAAUAUGGACCUGGAGAUUCACCUACUGUUUCAUUUUCACCUGUGACAAAUGGAGGGUAUGUUCCUGCAGAAGAUGGUUAUAGAAUGCCUAGAAAUUUAACCUACUGUUUAGCAGCAAGUAAACAAAUGGUUGGCAUUUUUCUCACCGUAUGGGUGCGGGGUGAUUUGAGGGAACAUGUUCGGAAUAUGAAGGUAUCAUGUGUUGGGAGAGGAUUGAUGGGAUACCUCAGGAAUAAGGGCUCUAUUUCAAUCAGUAUGCAGUUGCAUCAAACAAGUUUUUGCUUUGUCUGCACUCACUUAACCUCUGGUCAGAAAGAGGGUGAUGAGUUGCGCAGAAAUUCUGAUGUCAUGGAGAUCCUAAAGAAAACAAGAUUUCCUCAAGUUAGUGGUCUGGAUGAAGAGAAGUCACCAGAAACUAUUCUUGAGAACGACCGGGUUAUUUGGCUUGGGGAUCUGAACUAUCGAAUUGCACUCUCUUAUCGUUCUGCAAAAGCACUUGUUGAGAUGCAAAACUGGAGAGCAUUGUUGGGAAAUGACCAGCUGAAGAUAGAACAGAGACGCGGUCGAGUUUUUGUGGGAUGGAGAGAAGGAAAGAUAUAUUUCCCACCAACAUAUAAAUAUUCUAGGAAUUCAGAUAGGUAUUCUGUUGAUGACAUGCAACCAAAGGAGAAGCGCCGAACGCCUGCAUGGUGUGAUCGUAUUUUGUGGCAUGGAGGGGGUCUCCAACAGCUGUCUUAUGUCCGCGGGGAAUCUAGAUUUUCAGAUCAUAGACCUGUUUUCAGUGUGUUUUUGGCCGAAGUUGAGUCGGUACACAGCAGAUUGAGGAAAAUGAGUUGUUCAAGCUCAAGAAUUGAGGUGGAGGAGCUCUUGCCCUACUCACAUGGUUAUACUGAACUCUGCUUCUUUUGACGUAGAAGUGAGAACAUUAAAGCCUCAAUGUCCAGCAUGCUACCUUUUUUGUCAAGAUUCAGGCAGGCGUUGCUUUGGAAAAACUCAACCGCAAAGGAUGACUGCCGACCAUCCAAAUCCCACUAGUUGAAAAAGAACCUUGGAGCUUGGUGGCUUUGAUUUGGAGCCCUUUGAUGAGAUUAUGGCCAACCAUGCAAGAGAGCAUGGUGUAUUUGGUGGCACGCUUGAAAUCUGAGCUUAUGAGCUGUGGUUAUGUGUCUGCUUUUGAUAUCUGAGUUAUGGAAGGAACCUUUGAUCUUACUACCAAACAAACUGGCUCUGGGACCCUUUUCCUUGAUAAGGAUUGGAAGUACAGCUAAUUUCUAAUCCGGAAGCUGAAGCUAAUGCCACGCCAUGAUACUAAUAUAUGCUUCUUUUUUGGUGCCAAGUGGGAAAAUGAUUCGAUUUUUAUGGUUUAGGCAGAGGAUUCAAUGACAUAAUGAGAAUGAGAGAUGGAGGAAAAUUAUCAUGUUUAGAUCAUCUGGUCUAUGCUCUAUUACAAACUUAAGAGGAGAACUUAUAUUCUAAGGAAUUGUGAUCUCCUCCUGUUCUUUUGUCAAUGAUUUCCCAGAAAAGCGGUUUUCUUGGAUUACUCCCCUGUUUUCUUGGUUUUCUUGGGAGGGAGCCAUGAUUCAGAAUUCAGAAUUCAGAAGCACUAUGCUUUUGGGAAUGAUUGCUUUUAUUUCUCUUUCUUUCUAAGAUACAGUAAGUUUUUUAGUUGGAGAUAACUUGAAACUGUAUCCUAAUUCAGAAGCACUUAAUGAUUUUAUUUUUCAAUUUAAUAGGAGUAUUUAAGCUUUGUAA